AUGGGAAGAGCAAAAAUCAACAUGGAAUUUACUCAAGAUCAUAAGAAUAGGAAGUCAACCUGUGUGAAACGAAAGGCUAGCUUAGUCAAGAAAAUCUCAAAGCUCGCGAUACUUUGUGGCAUCAAAGCAUGCAUGAUCAUAGAUGGGGGAAUCACUGAUCAAGACAUUUCUCAACAUGAUCAAAUAUGGCCGAAUGAUCCUAAACAAGUUCACGAGCUAAUAAAUCUCUACAAGGCCCAACCACUCCAAGGCCGGAGCAAAAGGGCUAAGACCUUGUCCAACUUCUUCGAAAAUCAAAAGAAGAAAGUUGAGGUCAAAGCAGAAAAUUACCCUACUUGGGAUUCAAGAUUCGACUAUUUAUCUGAAAAAGAAUUACGAAAUCUUGCUUGCGUUCUGGAGAGAAGGAUAGAGAAUGCAAAAGGAAAAGCCGGAUUCUUGAAGCGCACGAAUAUCGGAAGCUCCUCGUUACUUUCUCGUCAAGAGAUAUUGGACUACACUGAGCUCAUGAACUACAACAACAACUUGAUGAACCAAACUACCUCUUGGUGGCCUUCUAUUGACUACAACUUCUUUCAAGCAAAUAUUCCAAGUGGUGUGAAUUCAAUGGGCGUGGAAUGGAUAAUCGACCUCUUACUACCAUUGAUUAUCAAUUUGACGAUGCAGAUUAUUCUAUGA